AUGAUAUUCUAUCCCAUUGUUGUUGGAAAGAACUGCAAGGUCUCUGGCAUGAUUGGCCCAGGGGCCCAGAUUGGAGAUGGCAGCAAGGUGGAGAAACUCUCUGCCGUUGAAGAGGGGGCCUUAGUACCAAAUGCUGUGGUUGCCAGGGGGAGCCCAGCUUAUAACGCUGGCCCGUUUGAGCACAAAGAAUCAAUCUACUGGGCUGACUCACUGUUGAGUGUCUUCAAGAUGGUCUGGGCCAUCUCUGAGGCAUACCACUUUUUUGCACUCUCCUCCCUGGUCCAUUUUACACUCAACAGAAUCUUGCCCUCGUGGCGAUAUGGUGGCGUUCUUCAUUGGUUUCUCUUGUUUCCAUUGACAUCCUUCCUUGCGCUCCUCACAAGCAUUGCCCUCAAAUGGCUUCUUAUUGCUGCUUGGGCUCUUAUCCCUUUCUUUGGGCAGUCCAAGUUGUGGCAUUUCAUCCUUUUCCUCCAUGGCCUUGACGCUGAUAUGACAUCUACCCUCAGCCACCCAUACACAGUCUUCUUCCCCUCCAAAGUUGACUUUGUGAAGAUUCGGUGUUCUUUUGUUCCCUCCAGCAGUCUCGACCUCGGCACAAAAGCAGACUCCAAGAUUGAAAUCAUCAACAGCAGUAUUGGGUACAAUUCCAAUCUUCAUGCAGGAGUCAAGAUAAUGAAAUCGAUGAUCCCACCAAGGUCCAAUGUUUCUGAUAGUGUCUGCGAUUGGAAUCAUUCAGACACGUCACGGACGGUCAGCAGUCUUACCUUGCUUCUUCCAGAAGUAGAACAGCAACUGCUGAAUACGGUCCUUUUCUUCAGCAUUAUCCCCUCCUAUGAGAUUGGUCUUGCUGCCACAAAAAUUUCCUCCUUGACUAUUGUUGUAUUGGGUUUGGCUUUGGCUGUCACAGUACAACUAUUUGUUUGGAUUCUUUUGACCCAUGCAGUUGAGAAGAUCUUAUUGAUUCUGCCACACUAUGCUCAGCAGGGCUUCUUUGGUAUCUACAUCAACCAUGUAAGGCAAUUUCGCGCAGGGAAUUGGCUUUGGAUGGUUCUCUAUGGCACACCCAUGUUUGCCUGCUGUGCUCGAUUCAUGGGAGCUGAGGUUGAUGGUGACCUCUGGUACUUUGGCACUUCUCUCUAUGAGUAUGGUAAACUUCACUUCAAAGGCAGCGUGAUUGUGGACAACUCCCAUGUUAGUGGACACUACAUUGACCGCAAUGGGCUCGCCAUUGAUGACACCUAUGUGUCUGGACUGUUGCUUCCAGGAUGCUAUGCCUCAGCUGGAGCAGAAGUGUUUGGCCCAGAAAAUGGUCCGUGGAAAGUAUUCCUCAGGAGUGACUGCAACAAAGAUCCUGUGGAUGUUGAGUUGGGGAGUAACGCUACUUCUUCAGUAAUAAUUGAGGCCUGA